CAGUAUGAGUGGAAUUAGGGAGUUCCUGUGGACAGCAAAGCCAGGAGAGGCACCCUGAGGCUKCUGCAGGCUCAUUACAGCACUCAGAGUUGAGGGCAUGAAGCCACUGUGGGGUUCUGGCACAUGUCCUGUUCAGCACAGCCCCAUCCAGCUGCAUCCCAUGGAAACUGGGACACUCCUGGCCGGGAGUGUUGGGAGGGACACGCUGAGGCAGAGCCAUYGACACUGCCCUUACGCAAGUGAGGAGCACUGUGCAGCCUAAUAAGGAAUGUAACUUCUUUUUUUUUUUCAUGGUGCACGUUAAUCUGUUGUUUUCCCUAAAAAAAAAAAAAAAAAAAAAAAAAAAAAAAAAAAAAAAAAAAAAAAAAAAGCCAAACAAACCUUGCAACUCUUGCCAAACAGCCUGGCCUUAUCUCCUUCUUCAAGAGUUCAUUCACAGCUCCAGCCUCAGUCACAGCUGACAGUUUGUGUGUCAGGAGCACACGAGGCUCUGCACUUUUGGCCAGCUCAGAGGUUUCCUGGUGUCCCUGGAACAUCCCUGGAAGAGCACACACCCCCUUGGAGAUGUGACUGUGGUACAGCCCAGAGAAUUCCAGGUUAAGAAGCAGAGUGUUUGCAGGAACCACUUUGGAGUUCGUUGUGCCCYGAGCAGCGUCUGACCUCAGCCAGGUAAASAACGGGAGAUUCAUCUCCAACCCAGAAGGAAGAGGAGAGGAACUGACACACAGGAAUUUCCAAACAACAGGUGGAUAUGUCUUCAUCAGUGCAACUCUUCCGAGAUCAGAAGUACCACGAGCUGAAGGGUCAGUGCAUCCAGCAGGGACGGCUCUUUGAGGAUCCUGAGUUUCCAGCCUCGGAUGAAUCCMUUUACUAUGACUCAACAACAAAAGGGAAGGUGGAAUGGAAGCGGCCAAAGGACCUCUGUGAAGAGCCUCACCUGCUUGUGGAUGGAAUAAGCUCCCACGACUUCCACCAGGGCAAGCUGGGGAACUGCUGGUUUGUGGCUGCSUGCUCCUGCCUGGCUCUGAGGAAGAGCCUCUGGCAGCAGGUGAUUCCAGACUCCAACGAGCAGGAAUGGGACUCCAAGAGCCCCGGGAACUACGCUGGGAUUUUCCGUUUCCGUUUCUGGCGCUUYGGAGAAUGGACAGAGGUGGUGGUUGAUGAUCUGCUGCCAACACAGAAUGGGGAGCUGAUCUACUGCCGUUCCAACGUGARGAAUGAAUUCUGGAGUGCACUGCUGGAGAAAGCUUAUGCUAAGCUGGCUGGAUCCUACCAGGCCCUGGAUGGAGGCUGUGCUGCAGAAGCCCUGGUGGAUUUCACUGGAGCAGUGGCAGAAUCCAUUAAUUUGGCAGAGGGCAAAUAUGGUGAGGUUAUUUCUGAGCAGAUGAAGCUGUUUGAAGACUUGAUGAAAGUGCAUAAAAGAGGAGGGUUCAUCAGCUGCUCCAUUUCGGAGUCCCCUGGGCGCCCCAGUGAAGCAGAGACAGAGAUGGGGCUCAUUGUGGGCCAUGCCUACUCGGUGACUGCCAUCCAGAAACUGCGCCUGGGCGAGAGGCUCAUCUUCUCUUUCAAGGCAGAAAAGCUGUUCAUGGUCAGGCUGAGGAAUCCCUGGGGCAAAAAGGAAUGGCACGGUGCUUGGAGUGACAGUUCUGAAGAGUGGAAGAAAGUCAGCGAUUCUGAGCGCAAGAACUUGGGGCUCACUGUUGAGAACGAUGGAGAGUUCUGGAUGACAUUUGAGGACUGGUGUAAGAAUUUCACAGAUGUGGACAUCUGCCGGACUGUGAACACCUCCUACUUCAGCAUCCACAAGACCUGGGAGAAGAAAAUGAUGUAUGGGGCUUGGGCAAAGCAUUCAGAGCCCCUGCUGAACCGCUCUGGGGGCUGCUUUGAUAACAAAGAGACCUUCCUUCAGAACCCCCAGUACAUCUUUGAUGUUAAGAAGGCUGAGGAUGAAGUGCUGGUCUCGUUACAGCAGGAGGAUCGYCGCAAGUACAAGAAGGAAGGGAAAGGAGACAACAUCACAAUUGGCUUUGAAAUACUCAAGGUGGAGGACAACAGAAGGUACAGGCUGCACAAACUCACGGUGCAGGAGAGAACAGCCACAUCUCCCUACUCCAACACCCGCAGCGUGUUCCUSAGGAGGAGCCUGCAGCGAGGCCGCUACGUCCUGGUCCCAACCACCUACAUCCCGGGCAUCCCUGCAAAAUUCAUCCUSAGGCUCUACACAGACGUGCCCUCGAAGCUCAGGGAGCUGAAGGCAGAUAGACCUAAAAUGACGUGCUGGAAUCUUCUUUGUGGCUACCCACGCAGAGUCACCCAAAUCAAAGUCCUUUCUGCAGAGGGUUUGCAGAAGCAAGACAGAGCAGGAGGAGCAGAUCCCUACGUGCUCAUCAAGUGUGAGAAGCAAAGCAGGCACUCCCCGGUGCAGCACGGCACCACCAGCCCUGUCUUCAACACCCAGGUGAUCUUCUACAGGAAGGACAUCGACAGCCCUGUCACCAUCCAGGUGUGGAGCAGCAGCCUCCUGAGUGACCAGUUCCUGGGGCAGGCRGUGCUGGCCGCCUCCCCCGCUGACCCCCGCGAGCAGCAGACGCUGCGGCUGCGGGCCAGGGGCGGCGGGGAAGCAGCCGAGGUGCCGGGUCGCAUCACCGUCAAGGUUCUCUCCAGCGAUGACCUCGCCGAGCUGUGAGCGCCGCAGCCCCGCGGAGCCAGACGGAGCUGUCACCUCCCGGCGGCGGCRGCGCUCGGCAGCGCGGGCUGCGCAUCAGCAUAAUCGCUUUAAAGGGAGAAAAAGCCCUCCAACCCUCCGCGUUCGCAUCGCUMAUGGGCGGAGGGGUUUGGGGAGAGGGGAAAAUGCAUAUUUAUACAUAUCUGUGCUCGUGAUGCCACACAUGCAGUAGGAGAGGGGCCAAAUGGGAUGCUGGCAGAUGAACUCGUUAAGGUGUGAGCAUCUUCCCAGCAGCGUCAUUGAGGAUGCGGCUCCAUCGGGCACCCAGCGGCAGCUUGGGGGAGUGGCGAGCACGAGGUGGAUUCACAUCGUUCAGUCCAUCUUCACUGCCAGGCUGGGGUUGGGAGGGGGAUUUUCUUUUUCCUCCACAGAAGAUAGAAUUAUUUUAAUGAAUUUCACUACAGAUCAGGUGUUUCUGUUCUUUGGUGAAAAUGUCACUACUCAAGGAGUUCAGUCACAGCUCAUGGCCUCAAGACCAGUCAUGCCAGCACAAUAUUAAAAUAGAGGGGCAGUGCCUCUUCGAACACCACAGCAAAUAAGAACUUUGUCCACCUGAAGGCUCUCAGAUUGACUUUCUGAUUCUUCAGCUCAAGCUGAUGUCUCACAGUUUGGUAUCUCUGUYAAGGGCAGGAAGGGCACCUCACAGUCCAGUUGUGGCUUUGCUCUGAGCACAGAUUCAGUAAUGGAAACCUCCUUGCUUUGUUUCAUCCACAUAAUGCUAAAAAUGGAAUAACAGCUCUCUCAUUAUGGUAGAUGUACCACCAGCCUGAAAGAGGAGAAAACUAGCUCAUGACAAGGGUGAGUUUGUAAAGUCASGCUGCUCUGCCCUGGCAGGUGUCAGGUCUCACUCUCAGGAUUUUGCAGUCGUUUAUUGCUGGCGUGGCUGAUGUUUGAUGAAGUUUCACAUGGGUACCAUGGAGGAUGGGUGUUAUUUCRCAGCAGGGUUCUGGUGCCAGUGCUUACCUUCCCCUGCAGCCCAUGGCAGGGCUACCUCAGCAGCUAUCUGGGCAGUGCACGAAGCUCUGUGCCAGACACUCAGAAAUGGAUUUUACCUAGCUGCAGACUCUGGUUGGUAAAGUGAAGACGAAGGACUUUUUUUUACAGCAAGGAAAUUUGGAUUUCUAUAUGCUUUGUACCAUUUCAGCCACUCUGYGCAAUUUUUAUAAUGUAUGAAAUGRCCCUCRAUAGAGUUAAUGUUUUCACAAGAGGUUUUGAAGUCUCCUCAGGGCUCCAAAAGGAUCAGAGCUGUGGUAGGAAAAUGCUUUCUCUGACACGCCAGGGAUGGAAUAGAAGGCUGUGAAUGCUGCUGCAGUGCCAUCAGCUUAGCUGCGUGUACCAAGUCCCUAAAUCCAGCUCUUUUCACACAGCUUGGGCUCAGGCCAUUUGGCACAGCAGAGCUUGUCAGAGGUGUGAACUAMACGCCCCACGGGCAAGUGACAUUCUCUGUAAGCUCAUGGCUUCCGGAUUGUUUACCCUCAGAAAUGUUUGUAAACUGAGAUUUAUUUUUUUAAAAAGCAUAAAGUGUCUCGUACAGACUCAGAGCUUGGAUGAGGGGGAGCUGCAAAUGUCAGGGCUGCCCUAGGCCUGCACUGAGAGCUGUUUGCUUUGCUUUUCCUCACACCCUGUUCCAUGGCAUGGGAGCUGCUUCCUGCAGUGUUCCCUGUGGGCUGGGUGCCAUUCCCAGGGGUUGGCUUGGCCAGCUGGCUGGCCUGGGUCAGUGUUUAUCCUGGGAAAGGUUCCCCUCUCAGAUGGCACCGGAGGUUUGUGCCUCCCUGCCCCACGAUUUGGCUGAGAAAGCUCCCGAUCCCGCUGAGGGCACAGAGCCAUCUCAGCCCCAAGCUGGAG